UCUAGGAAUUAUUCCCCGCGUCUUUCUUAAUGAGCACUAUUUGUCGUGAGAACUAGAUAGUCAUCAUCUGCAGACAUAUAUAUAUAUAUAUAUACUCUUCUCAUUCAUUCUGUAUGUACGUAUGGUACGUGUUAAUACAUAGGAUUAGCGAUCUAGGAGUGAAGAAGAAGGCGCGCGGUCAGUACUACUAGUUCUGAUCGAGAAAAGAUGGAUCGCAAGACUGUGGAGAGGAACCGCAGAAUCCACAUGAAAGACCUGUGCUUCAAGCUCACUUCUCUCAUCCCUCCCCACCAUUUCAAGCCCUCUAAGGAAUUGUUAUCACUACCAGAUCAGAUUGACCAAGUUACCACAUACAUUAAGCAAUUGAAAGAAAAAACCGAUAGAUUGGCAGCAAGGAAGAAGGCUGUAGCAAUGGGCAAGGAUGGAGAGAGUCAUACAAUGUGGAUGAGCCACGAACUACCCAUGGUAGAAGUAAAUGAUUUGGGUUCUUGUUUAAAAGUGGUUUUGAUAAGUGGAUUGAAGAAGACAAUGGAAAAGAACUCGAUGCUGUAUGAAGUUAUCCGUGUCCUCCAGGAUGAAGGAGCUGAAGUUUUAACUGCUAGCUUUUCCACCCUCGGUGGCAAGGUGUUCCAUACUAUUCAUGCUAAGGUGAAGGUCUCAAGAGUAGGCGUGGAAACUUCAAGCGUGCGCCGGAGACUACAAGAAAUUUUGUCUUAACUUCAGCCUUUUCAAUGCUUUUUAGUCUUGUUUUUGUUAAUAUUAUAUUGUAUUUAUGCUUCCUUGUUGUUUGAUGGUUGGGGCCUUAGUCUUUUGUGUUGGUUUUGGUGUAGGUCUCUUAUCAGUUUUUUUUUCUCUUUACGGUUGGUUUUGUUGGCUGAGCUGAUGUGGCUAGCUGUUGCUCGUUAAUCCCCCUUUUUUUCUCCAUUUAUGGAGUUAGUUGCUCAAGUUUGCUAAAUACGAGCUACAUUUU